AUGGCAGAUGUGUUGACCGUCAGGGUGAAUCUGGUGGCCUUCGCUCAGACCAUUGGCUCUAUACAGGCGCUGCGCUCUAGCGUGAGUCAGGUGUUCGACUGCUUGAAGGAUGGCAUAUGGAACAAGUUGACGCUGGAGAGCCGGGAGAAGGCUUUCAUCGUCCACUUCCAGGACCAUGUGCACUCCAUCAAUCGAGACCUCAAUGAACUGGAGCAUCUGAGUAACUUGGUAGGCAAGCCAUCUGAGAACCAUCCUCUUCAUAAUAGUAGAUUGUUAAGCCUAGAUCCUGUUCAGGACAAGGCAGCAUGUUCUUCUGUGUUUGUUAGGGGUGAGCUUAUCCUUCUGGAGCUAUUGUCAUUUUAA